UUGUGUGCGUGUAUGUGAAUAUCCUGGGGUUUUUUUGUGGUGUAAAUUGAUUAAGCUUUAACGCUCUAUUAUUUGGCGUUUUUUUAUUGUUUCUUUAAUGUUGAACCAUGAUGGAUUAACGUGAACGAAGAGAAAAGUUUGGGCUUUGUGAAGUGAUUGCAAUAAUUUUUUUAUCAAUUUCAAUCGGAAUAGAAAUCGAAUAACCGUGUGUAGUAGUGCAGUGUAAAGGAGUGGAAAGAAACGAGUAAAAAAGUGGGUGCAGUUUAUGUGGGUGUGUGUGUGCGUGAGUGAAAAGCCAGCCAGCCGUGUAAAACGGGAAGGAAGUAAAAUUAUCCUUGCGGCUCCCGGUGGAGGAACUUUCCUCCACAGAAGCUUCCCAAGCAGGAAGUGAAAUAUUGGUGGUAUUUUGGUUAAAAGCCCAUCGGCUUUUUACACUCGCCUCUGUUGUGUUGUGUAAAAGGGCUCUGUGAUUUGUCGUUCUGCAAGGAUCGUUUCUUCGCACUCACACAAACCGCUACGCGAAGCAGUAAACAGCAUAAAAGUUGAGCAGCAAAGCACACAAUUGCACCCGGUGAUACGGUUUGGUGGAUGCAUCACACCCAUACACACACACACAUUUUGCACCACCACGAGCGUUUGCAAAAACCCAGGAAGGAAAAUAUCUUCUAACCGGAAGGAUACGGGCUGUCCAGGCCUACUACUACAAGAAGCUCUUCACCGCGUCAGCUGUUGUAUGAGAGAAUCCAUCGUUCUUCCUUUUUUUUCGAAACAAAGCGUGGCUGGAAAAGGUGAAUUUCAUCUUGAACUGAAACGCUCUAUAAAUACGGAUUUUUAGAACGCAUAACAAGCAGCACAAACUGAGCAGUUGAUCAAGAUGAGCGAACAAAGUAUUAUUGGUGCUCGGGCGUCGGUCAUGGUGUACGACGAUGUGCAGCGGAAGUGGAUACCGUCCGGCAGCUCGUCCGGUUUGAGCAAGGUGCAAAUUUUCCACCAUCAGCAAAACAACACGUUCCGCGUCGUUGGCCGGAAACUGCAGGAUCAUGAGGUCGUCAUUAACUGCUCGAUCAUCAAGGGCCUCAAGUACAACCAGGCUACCGCCACGUUUCACCAGUGGCGUGAUUCAAAGUUCGUGUACGGGUUGAACUUUUCCAGCCCGAUGGAUGCGGAAGCAUUUGCCCGUGCCAUGAUGCACGCCCUGGACGUUUUGAGUGGACGAGUUCCACCCUCGUCGACGCUGCAAACAACCAACCCGAACCCGGGCCAGAUGGUUGCGGCGUACGAGGAGGACAUGGGCUAUCGUACGAUGACCCGUGAAGAUGCGGCCAUCAUGCAGCAACAGCAGCAGAUGACUAGUCAACCGCCGGGUGUGGGACCGCCCCAGCAACCACCCAACUCCAUACCGGGCCCGGGCGGUGGCAUACUGUCCCCCCAAACACCCACAUCGCAAACGCUGCCAUCGCAAGCCACACCGCAACAGCAACAGCAACAGACGCAUCAUCGUACAAACAGUGCACCACCGGUCCCGCCAGCGUUACCGUCGACACAGCAGCAGGCAUCGCAGCAGGCGGCACAGCAGCAGCAACAGAAACCGAUCUAUGCAUCACAGCAAAGCAACAGCAGUACCAACAGUAUUACCUAUGGAAGCAAUGCGCAACAGUAUCCGCAGCCAAUCUACGUAGCAUCGAAUCAAAACCAUCAAAUGCUGAAUCAGUCGGUGUUGCCACCGCAACCGCCGCAACAACCGCCGCCGCCCACACAGCAACAACAGCAGCAGCCACCGUUGAACCUUUCGAACGGUUCGAUUUACGCGACGGCCACGUGCUCCCCGAGCGCGACCAACAGCAAUCCAUCGAAUCCGAUCUACGCCGGUCAGCAGCAGCUAGUGUCGCAACAGCAGCAACAACAACAGCAACAGUCGCAACCACAGCCACCGCCUCCACCGAUGAUGAUGCCACCGAAUGGUUACGGGCCGCCGAACGGUGUCGGUGGCCCGUACGGUGCCGGACAACCACAGUACGGCAUUCCACCGGUUCCACAGAUGCCAAUGCAGCCGCUUCAACCACCAUCCCAGAUGCAACAAACGAACGCACCUCCACCACCGCCAAUGAUGCCGCCGAUGUUCCCCAUGUCUGCACCAUCGAAUGUACCACAGCCUCCAGCACCGCCCAUGCCACCAAAUCUGAGUAAUGCGGCCGCUCCUCCUCCACCACCACCCCCGCCCGGUAUGCUUUCAUCGAAGCCGGGUGAAAUCAAUUCCUUGGCCCUCCAACUGGCCAGUGCCAAACUGAAACGCAGCCAACCACCGAAGAGUUCCUCGUCGGUUGCGGCGGGUAAUGUUGGUGUGUCGUCCACCUCAACGCUUGCGUCCUCCACUAGCGGCAACAGUGCCGUAUCGUCCACCGUGACGGAAAAUAGCGGCAGCAGUACAUCGAGCGGAGGUAGUGGUAAUUAUGGAACCAUAGGACGAUCGUCAUCUGGUAUGGCAUCGAUGAUGGAUGAAAUGGCAAAGACUCUUGCUAGGCGUCGGGCGCAGGCUGAGAAGAAGGAGCCGGACUCCAACGACGAUGGUGGUGCAGCAGGGUCCGGAGGUCGCCAGCGGGCGUGGGAAAAAUCAAGCACCUUACCGCACAAACUAGGCAGCAACAAUGCUAGUGGCGGCGGAGGUUCCAAUUCUGGCCCGGGUGGUGCUAGUCUGAGCGGUUCAGAAUCGCCGAAACCUUCGCGAAAACGUUUUGGCAGUGCCAGCGAAGAAACGAUACUGAAGAUAAAUGGUGGCGACAGUUUCUCUCUUCCGACUGCGGUCGAGUUCGACAAUCUGAAGGAGGAAAUAUUGCGUGAAAUGCGCAACGAGCUUGCAAAGGCGAAGCAAGAAAUUAUAGAAGCUAUCAAAUCCGAAUUCAACCGCAGGUAAACGCAACUUCGCUUUGUUGCUUCCUUUUUUAGGCGCUAGAGUACGAACGAGAAACAAAAUGAAAACACACACACACAUAGACAGCAUUUCUACUACCGCAAAUUACUACCAUUACAACUAUCAUGAACUACCGUUAUAACAAGCAGAUAAGAAAUGGAGCGAUCACAGAGGCAGUCACGAUGAGAAGCAUCGAAAUGGUAUCAUAGAACCAGGCAAAACAGGCAACGAUUUGACACACAACGGGGUGAAUAUUCGGCAUGCGAAUGGACACCGGAGCGCUGCUGGGUGCAGAUUUUACUUCAAUUGAUAGUCCUUUAUUUUUUACAGGAAAGAAUUAGUUUUUAUUCCAAUACAAUUAUUGUAUAUACGUUCAGCAAUGACGUAUUGACUAGUACCUAUUCUAGUAUCUAUUCCUAUCUUUAUUUUUGUUCGAUGAAUUAUCAUAUGUUAUCGGUGAAGUUUCCCGUUCACACGAUAAAAUGGUAAAAAAAUAGUUUCGAAAUACAUUUUCUAUGUAGAAUGUUUACCACGCACGUUUCGAUGUCUAAAGAAGUGUGAGGCUUUCCUGGUGGAUAGUUUUAUGUAUGUUUUAUUUAUGGCCAUAACGAGCAAGAGUGAGAAAAAAAACGUAUAGUUUGUGUUUGUUAGCAGAUCGAGCGAAUAAAUGUCGCAAUGCAACUUUAAAUGGACACUAGUUAAGGGCAGGUUAACAAUGUUGACUGUUGGAGCCUGUAUGAAAGUAUAGCGACGACGGGGACUUAGCGUAUCAAUUACAGUUGCGGACGAAGGAACAAAGAGUUGAUGCUAUAACCGUUAGCUAAAUCUGUGUGGCCCAUGCAAGAUCAUUAACUUUUUCACACGUAAUUCGUUUAAAAUUCGUUCAUUUCUUUGAUUCGUAUUCUACAACAUGUUUUUUUUUUAAAUGGCUAUAUCAUUGCUACAACGCAUCUGCAAGCAGUUGACGCACAAGUUCACCUCCCACCAAGAGAAAUAAUUUGUGGACUAAAAAAUAAAUAAAUAAUACAAAUACACCAUUCACUUGCGCGAAGGAAACUGAACUUACAAGACUCCAAACAUUUAUACAUAUAUCGUAAAAAAUGGUGCAGUUGAGGUACACUCGUAAGCAGAACUAAUGAAUUAGCAUAAUAUACAUAGUAGCGGCACGGCGAGCGUUCGAAUGGCAUACGUAUCCGAAGAAGAUGUGCAAACAUGUUCCCAUGUGGAAUUUGAUAUCAAUUUUUGUGCGCCAUUGCUGUUGUGGUUAACCGUUUUUGGUCCGUGUGUGUGGUACCCUCCGCCUGAUAUGUUUCUGCUCCAUUUUCUGCCGUAUCGCGUUGUAGUAACAGUAUCAUCAUCAUCAUCGUAUAAGCUCUUGAAAUUGUAAAACUAACCGAAUGGAGUUGAGAAGCGUUUCGGUUAGCUUUUAUGCAGUUAAUGCUAGGGAAGGCUAUCAUCAAACUGUCAGAGUAUCUGGAAGUAGAAGGUAAAACAGAGCGGCGGAAGCAAAACAGUUCUUUGAAUCGAAUGUCUAUCCAUGUGUCUCUAUGUGUCAGCCAUAUUAUCUGUCUCAUUAUUAUUACUCUUUGGAGAAGAGCGAAGCAAAAGUAUAAAAUUCAAAAUCAUUCAACUUUGAAACAUAACUAAAAUCAUCGGGAACACAUGAAUUAAAUUAUACUAAACCCCUAACUACUUAAGUGCGCGCGCGAUGAACGAGAACACGGUAAAGUUAAACGCAAUGGAGCAAACAUGUAAACCCAAUCGAAUGCUUCGUUCCGUUUAUUUUUCUUUUCUUUUCUGCCAAAACUAGUUUUGGUCAAAAUGCGCGCAAAAUAGAAAAAUGAAGUGUAGUAAUGAGUGCAUAACACACUCGAAUUAAACGUCGCAGAAUGCGCAACUCGUAUGCAAAACUGCACACCCGAAGCAAACUAAGCUGAUUAAAUCAAAAUGUAGAAUAAAUUUAAUGAACACUCCUGGAAUCGGAUCGAAAUCAUUAUACGGGAUGUGUGAUUUGGCGAAGAAAGACGACGCGGGGGUGUGAAAGAACACACGGUUAAUUUUAAAGUGCGCACACAAACCGCGAUAGAGCAUUAGUCGAAGCAUUAUUGUAAGAAUUGUGAAAGGCGGUUAUGACGACGACGACGUGCUGAAGCGCUAAACGAUGGACUACACAAUCGAAUUUUUUGUACAUAAAAGUGAAAGACUAAACGGGAACGCGGAAGAAGCUGUGUGAUGCAUCGGUUAAUCGGACGAAAGAACGGAAACGAAAUGAAGGAAUAGUAUAGAAUGUAAAAUGCGUAACUUUCAUUAUAGUCAUGUCGAUGGCGGUAGUAUAAGCAGCAUAGAGGUAUGAAAGGAUGACGCAAGGUUGAUAAACUAGCAAGGUGGCAUACAUGUUAAUACGAAACUGAACCGCAAAACGCUUUCUUUUUCCCGGUGUUCCGGUGAGCAUCAGUUGUUCUAGCGCAUUAGAAGGAAUGAAUCACGCGGCAGUAGUAGAAGCAGAGUGCAAGCGUUAAGAUAAAAUAAUUCUUCCCUCGGAACUGAACUGACAUAAACGUGUGAGGGUCUGUCCUGUCCCACAGAACGUGUACACAAGCUGUGGCGAAUCAAAUUGUAGAGCAAAACAUAAACAAGUACGACGAAGCUUGCACAGGAGGAGUGUUGAUGUACGGUAUUCUUAAAAUGAUCUUCUUACAAGCACGAACAGUGCGUGCUGUUUCUCUGAGCAAACGCGUAGAUAUGCUCUCUUUUAAAUUGUGCGGUGCGUACACACUAAUAAAUUUAACGCUUUAAACACAGAAAGCAAGCGAUAUGGAAGAAAAUGUUAAAAAUUCACCACGAGUCAAACCGAACACUACACACAGUACCGAAUAUCUAUCUAAACUAUAAAGAAAAGGCGAAACAAAACCAAACCAAAAAAGAAACGAACGAAAAAGUAAUAUAUUGGGAAGCGGAUUGUGAAAUGGGAAACGCUACACUAUUGCAAUAGUUUUGAAUCACGCGCAGUGUUACAAAUUAUCGCAGCUGAAAGCAUACAAUAGAACACAGCAAUGAAGAACUUGAGUAAGAAAAACGUCAUAAAGCAGAAAAGAAAAACAAUACAAGUAAACAAAAAUCAAUAACAAACUAAUUAAAAAAAAACACACGCACACGCAUAUAAUAACAAGACGAUUUUCGUUUAAAAAAAACCACAGACACACAUCUACAAAGAAAGCAAAUGUAAUUGCAACGACUCUCGAACAUAUGCAAUACAGGAGGACAAUUCACACACAACACAGAGAAAAAAAGACAAAGCAAAUCACGCAACAACACAGCGGUUUAGAUGUGUAAGGCUUUGUACAGACGACAGGUUUUUCGUAACACUUAAAGAACAAGUUUGGUUCAACGAGUUUGUUUCAAUAACAUUGUUGUGUAAUAGCGAUGGGCUUCUGAAUAUGUUUUGUAACCUACGAAAUUUGUUAGUAAAGUUUCCUGAUAGAUCUAUCAUCUGUACAAACCCUUCGGAAACUGCUGAACAAACAAACCACACAGAAAAAGCAACCCAAAACAAAACAUACUGUAAAGGACAUAAUGCUGAACUGUUGCUGCGAAUCAUCGGUGGCCGGUAAAUGAGGUAAAUUUAAAUAGUAAAGAUACAUGAAAGGAAACAGUGAAACAAAGAGAAGUGAAGAGAGCGUUCGAGAUCAAGUGGAAAGGAAGGAUGAAUGUGAAAAAUACAGGCCAAUAACUAAACAAGAAAGAGAAGAUCGAUUAAACACAUUUAUCUGACACAGACGUCACAGAAAGUUUCAGUUUCAACGUUCCUCCGUUGUACCGCGGAUGCACAUUUUGACUUCCACAACCUAUAUGGUACUUUUCUUCUUCCCUGUUCUAUAUCGGAACCGCAUAAAGGCAUGCAAAUUGUCAAACGUAAUAAGCAGUAUUAACAAAACAAAAGGACACCAGUAACGUAGAGCGAGAAUAUGGUCAGCCGUGUAAAAAGAGGAGUGGUGUUCGGUGCAGGAUGGCGGCAAGCAAAUAUGUUUUAAUCUUUGUGCGUGCGUGUGUGCGAAUUAAAUUAGGCUUUUUGUCUCUUGGUAGUAGUACACGAGCGUUUUAUUCGUUUUAGAUAUUAUUUGCCAUCACCUGUUGGGUUUUGGUUUUGGUAAAGAACGGAACAGUGGAGCGCACACUUUGUAUGUAAAUGCUUUUUUCGAAUAACGCUUUUCUUCUCCAUUUCGCAAUUUAUGGUGGUACGGUGGCUAUAGGGUUUUAGAUCGAUAUGAAAGGGACAAGAUCGGAAGCGAAGGGUUGAGCAUUGCCACGUAUAAGAAAACUCCUCAUUUUGAACUGUGAUCGUUUUGUGUCACGAUGGCGGAGGUCCGCCGGUAAGGGAUUUAGGAUGUGUGGUAUUGUGCGUACAUGAUGCUGCUUCUUUUCGAUAUGUACUCACACCAAGGAAUCGAUUUUUAACCGUUUCUUCGAUCACUUCUUGACAGAGUACAUACACAACAACAGCACUAGAAUUUCCGUUGCGUUUGUAGAUGGAUGCGCUAUUUGACACAACAAUGAUAUGGUGCAAAGGUUUAGCUAGAAGAGGUUAGAGAAAGGAUACAACACACAGAUAGGCAUGCACCACAGAACACACGCAUUAUGCAUACAUAUACGACGAAGCUAUCGGUGAGAAAUGCAUCUAUGCUACUACUAUAAUAGAUGAUUUGUGAUUUUAUGUUAACUAUAAUUUUGUAGUAUUACUUUUAUUUACCUUUUUACGAUAAGACGUGCAAAAUGCGACUAUUGAUAUAUAUAUAUAUACAUACACACAGACACACCCACACUUAUACAUUUAUCUUAUUAUACGCCAAGAGAUGAUUAAAGAUAAAAAGUGGUGCGUAACUGCGUUAAGAAAAGAUAAGAGAGCAAGAAAAACACAAACAAACAAAAGCUAAUAUUAGGAGAAAUUAAUUGAACGGAUUUGGUCGGCCAGAAAGGUAAAGAAAAGGAAGAAGAAGGAGGGUUAGUGGUUGGAUGAAGGACAAAAAAACGAGAGUGCAUGUGGGCUAAGGACCGUAACCAAUUCGAGUGAUUCAAAAUGAAAGCAUAUAGCGUACAAUAGACAAGAGUGGAUGGACACAUGGUCGGUACUCUGGAGAGGUUCAGUGGUUUGUGAGGGGGUAGUGUGGUAGAUGAACGAUGGACGAUAGAGAUUAAUUAAACAAUAAACACACAUACAUACACACACAAACAAAAAACACACACAGUUAAUGAAGUAGAUCAAACAGAGAAAAGAAAAGAAGAGAAGAAACACGAAAAAAAACACAGACACAGAAACAGGAAAAUACGCAUGUGUAUUAUCGCGAA